AGAGAGGGAAGGAUUCCCUUCUUCAACAGCAGGACUCCAAUGAAAUAUAGAGUGACUAGAGUGACUGUAGUGUCCUUUUAAAUUUUCACUAACAAGACGAAACCAGUAUGCAAUGAAGCGAGGAAAUGGCUUUAAAUGAAGAGAUAUUGUUUUCCCUUCAUAAAUUUCUCUUCAAUUCCUGAUUGGAUGGAAGUGCUAUUUUCUGGAGUCCUGGACUUUCAACAAGUCUGUUGAGUGACUGCAGUUGAGCCGGAAGCCACGUUGCCUGAACAAAAAAGUUUUAAAGAAGAUUAGACAACAUCUACAUGCAGAACUCAAUAACAGAUUCGGAGUCUUCUUGGAAUGACCCAUGCACUGUACAUAUAUUACCUCUAACCCAGCUGGCUGCAGCUGCUCCUUACUUCACGUGUGUGGCCAACAUCGGUACACAGCUAGGUAGGAGAAGCUGACAAGUAUGGAUUUGCAAAUGUUCGUGACUCUCAGUCCUGGCAAUUGGUUGUUACUGCUAGUGGCCCUUGAGUGCUCUGAAGCAUCUUCUGAUUUGAACAAGCCUGCAAAUCCCACUGCCCAGCACACACCUAAUGCUCGCUUUGCUGCAGCCAGCUCAGAGCCGGAUGAGAGGAUAUCUGUUUUUGAACUGGAUUAUGAUUAUGUGCAAAUUCCUUAUGAGGUCACCCUCUGGAUACUUUUAGCAUCUCUUGCAAAAAUAGGCUUCCACCUCUACCACAGGCUGCCGCACCUCAUGCCGGAGAGCUGCCUCCUCAUCCUCGUGGGCGUGCUGGUGGGCGCCAUCAUCUUCGGCACCGACCACAAGUCGCCUCCGGUCAUGGACUCGAGCAUCUACUUCCUGUACCUCCUCCCGCCCAUCGUGCUGGAGGGCGGGUACUUCAUGCCCACCCGGCCCUUCUUCGAGAACCUGGGCUCCAUCCUGUGGUGGGCCGGCCUGGGGUCCCUGGUCAAUGCCUUCGGCAUCGGCCUCUCGCUCUACCUCGUCUGCCAGGUCCAGGCCUUCGGGCUGGGCGACGUCAACCUGCUGCAGAACCUGCUGUUCGGCAGCCUGAUCUCGGCCGUGGACCCCGCGGCCGUGCUGGCCGUGUUCGAGGAGGCGCGUGUGAACGAGCAGCUCUACUUGAUCAUCUUCGGGGAGGCCCUGCUCAACGACGGCAUCAGUGUGGUCUUAUACAAUAUAUUAAUCGCCUUCACCAAGAUGCAUAAAUUUGAAGACAUAGAGGCUGUGGACAUCUUGGCUGGAUGUGCCCGUUUCGUCAUUGUGGGGGUCGGGGGGGUGCUGUUCGGCGUUGUGUUUGGAUUCAUCUCUGCGUUUAUCACGCGCUUCACUCAGAAUAUCUCCGCCAUCGAGCCGCUCAUUGUCUUCAUGUUCAGCUACCUGUCAUACCUGGCUGCUGAGACACUCUACCUGUCCGGCAUCCUGGCAAUCACGGCCUGCGCGGUGACAAUGAAAAAGUACGUGGAAGAAAACGUGUCCCAGAAAUCCUACACGACCAUCAAGUACUUCAUGAAGAUGCUGAGCAGUGUCAGCGAGACCUUGAUCUUCAUCUUCAUGGGCGUGUCCACCGUUGGGAAGAACCAUGAGUGGAACUGGGCCUUCAUCUGCUUCACGCUGGUCUUCUGCCAGAUCUGGAGGGCUAUCAGCGUGUUUGCUCUCUUCUAUGUCAGUAACCAGUUUCGGACUUUCCCCUUCUCCAUCAAGGACCAGUGCAUAAUUUUCUACAGUGGUGUUCGAGGAGCUGGAAGUUUUUCACUUGCAUUUUUGCUUCCUCUGUCUCUCUUUCCUAGGAAGAAAAUGUUUGUCACUGCUACUCUAGUAGUUAUAUAUUUUACUACAUUUAUUCAGGGGAUCACAAUUGGCCCUCUGGUCAGGUACCUGGAUGUUAAAAAGACCAACAAAAAAGAAUCCAUCAAUGAAGAACUUCACAUUCGUCUGAUGGAUCACUUAAAGGCUGGAAUCGAAGAUGUGUGUGGGCACUGGAGCCACUACCAAGUGAGAGACAAGUUUAAGAAGUUUGAUCAUAGAUACUUGAGGAAAAUCCUAAUCCGAAAGAAUCUUCCAAAAUCAAGCAUUGUUUCUUUGUACAAGAAGCUGGAAAUGAAGCAGGCCAUUGAGAUGGUAGAGACUGGGAUCCUGAGCUCUACAGCUUUCUCUGUGCCCCAGCAGGCGCAGAGAAUACAAGGAAUCAAAAGGCUUUCCCCUGAAGAUGUGGAGUCCAUGAGGGACAUUCUGACACGCAACAUGUACCAAGUUCGACAGAGGACCCCGUCCUACAACAAAUACAACCUCAAACCCCAAACAAGUGAGAAGCAGGCUAAAGAGAUCCUGAUCCGCCGCCAGAACACGUUCCGGGAGAGCAGGAAAGGCCACAGCCUGCCCUGGGGAAAGCCGGCUGGCACCAAAAAUAUCCGUUACCUCUCCUUUCCCUACGGCCAUCCUCAGUCUGCAGGAGGAGACUCCGGGGCUGCUGAAUUCACAGAUGACGAUAGCAGUGAUCCAGGACUUCCGUUCAUCAAGUUUAGCACACCCUCUCAGACAGGAUCACUUCAGAAAAGACGGCGGAUGCAAGAGGCGAUCCCGAUGAAGAGCCUACACGGAGGAGGGAAGGCAUUCAACUCUGGUUAUCAAAGAAAUGCGAGCCAAGAAGGGGCUGUGGGAGGAGGCAGGAGGGCAGCUUCAAGGCCCAAACCACUGUUUCACGUGGUGGAUGAGGAGUAUGAAUCCGGAGGGGAGAGUGAGCAAGAGUCCCUAGCAGCUGGGUCCAGAUGGACAGCAGACCGCGGAGACAGCAGGGAACACGACAAGUCCCACAGUCCUUUGCUCCAAAGGAAAUAG